AUGGAGCUUCAGCUUGACCUCCCGGGGACGACGCAUGCGCUUGUGUCGUACCCGCCAGCUAACCCAGCGGCGGUGCCGCGGUCGGUCCGUCGCCUGGCCGAGGUCACGCUGCCCACCUGUCGGCAGUACCUGGUGCAUGACGUGCCAGGCGUCCUCCUCGCCAUCUCGUAUGUGUUCCCGGCUGCGCCGGCGGGGCCCAAGACGGGACUGUACUCGGGCUCGGGCUCGCAUGACGUGCUGGCGGAGGAUCUGGCUGAUGCCGUCAUCGAUCCGGCUCAUCGCCUCUACGCCGCCCUCCCGCCCGCCGACUGGGCCACCUCGGUCUAUUACAUCUACCUUCUCAACGUAUGGGGUCGCAUCGGUGGCUUUGACGCAGUCGUCGACAGGCUCCGCUCUGAGUCGAGCCCUUCACUCUCGGUCGUCUUUCUCCUGCUCAAGCCUAUUGUCGCCGCCGCGCCGUUCUUCACGGCAGCGUUCUGGACCGCCUACUAUCCCGCCCUCGCCCAGGGCAUCCUCGCAGCACUUGAGGCUGCAUCGAACGCUGCACUUGAUCCGCUCUUUGCCGAAGUUGCUGCCCAGCUGGCGGCGCUCGACACAGCUGCCCUCGAGUCGGUCGAGCUCGCCUCGAUUGUUCCGGCGCUUACUGCGCUCAGGCUGACCAUCGCCGCCCGUCCGCUGCUGGCAGCAACGACGCCGCUCCCACCGCUUGCCGCCCGCCUCGCCGCCAUCGACGACCUUGUCCGCCUUGUCGACGUCCUUGACGAGGCGUCGGCGCCGGCGACGACCGCCGCCGAGUUUCUGGCCAACCCGGCGCUACUCGCUGCCACCCACGACCACGCCUCGCUGCUGACGGCCGCCUCGCCGCUCUUUGUCUUCCUCGCCUCGAUGGGCGAACUUCAGCUUGUCCCGCUGCAGGCCCUAGUCCGAGUCGGGAGCCCGGCGAGCUAUGCGCUGCUAGCCACGCUUGCGCCGGUCGUCGACGUUGGACUCGCCCGUGCUCUCCUCGCCUCUCUCGCCACCGAGCACCCGGCAAGCCAGUGGACAGAGUCGCUAGUCGGCCUCGCAGCUGCGCUGGGCGCCGAUGCUGAAACUUACUUUGGUCUUAUCGCAUCCGCCACUCCGCCACCGCAUCAUGCCCGCUCUCUACCCGCUCUCGCUGCCGCACUCGCCGACGCGCCCAAGGGCACGCCCGCUACGCUGUUUCUCCGUGCCAUCAACGGCCCCUCGCACGGGCUCAUGCUCGAUACUGUUCGCCUUCUCCUAGACGCGCCAGGUGUGAUCAAGAAGCUUAAUGCGCGGAACGCGCUGACCCUGUGGAACACGUUCUAUCCCGCGCAUCCGGAGGAGACGCUCGCCGUCUUUGAUGGCGUCCGCGAAACAGCUGCACGCUCGGUCCUGGAUGCCAUUCCGCUCCCAUCUGCGGCGUUGCAUCACCCGUCGGCGCUGUCGCUUUACGCGGCACAUGCGGGAUCGGCUGUUCGCGCCGACUUCCUCUUCAGGGUUGUUGCCAGCUCGGUCGCAGGUGAGCCUCUAUGGAAGGAGGCAAUCGCUGUCCUUCGCAGCCACCUCCGCAGCCUCGCUGGCUCCAAGACCAAGAAGCUCCGUGGGUUUGCGGACGCGGCGCUUACGUUUGUAGAUGGCGCUACGCCCGGCUCGGCGUCGGUUCUCCAAGCGCUCCACACGGUGCUUGCCGACGACGAUGCGCGCAGCCAAGGCCUCGCUGGUCCACCAACAGUCAUCAAGUGCUUGGUUCUCCCGCCGGCAGAGCGCGCGCUGCAGAUUUCGCUCUCGCGGACCGCACUGCUCUCUGCGCUCCGCGCCGCACUCGCCACCCGCCUCCGCCUGCCCAAGCGCGGCUUUGCACUUGUUGCCCAUGCUGCCGAGCUGCCGACGUUGGCCGACAGCACUCCGCUUGAUGCGCUUGGCCUCAGCGACGGCGCUGCAACCGUGUAUGUCGUACCUCGUGAGGGCAAGGCAGCCAGCACUGGACAGGGCGUGGCUCUGGCAAAGGCAAGCGAGAAAGGAAAGACCGAGACCAAGGCCGACAGCGUUGCGUCCGACGAUGCCGACGACAGCGUCGACGACGACCAAGCUUCGGCUGCCAGCCACGGAUGGUUUGGCGACGACGAUGACGGCAGCGACGAUGAUGCCGAUGAUGAGGGCCGCCAAGCGCUGCGUGCCGCGUUUUCGCAUCCAUCGUACGUCACGGUCCUCCUCUCGCUGCUUGAGGUCGACGAGGGGACAGUAGCUGGAGCACAAGUCUCGCGCGCUGCCUUUGAGCUGCUCCUGCUCAUUCCUCCGGUCGACGGAGAGUCAAGUGAGGAGAGCGUAUGGGAGGUGGCGCUCCGCGAAGCGUAUCGGGCAGCGUAUGUGCUGCAUCAUCAGGCUAGCCACAUGGCGACAGAAGCUUUUCUGGACGGCGGCCAUGCACCUGCAGCACUGCGACUCCUUGUUUCGCUCUCACUAGAGAUGGCCGGCACAGAGCCCGAGGCAUCACUCUGGGCGCUUGCCGGGGCGCUGCUCCGGCUGCUCUCGACGGUAACGCUCGCAUCAACGGCAUCGCGAUCGCCGGUGGCGUCGUCGCUGCGGUGUUUGCUCCCGGUGGCCUCGAUGGGGCUGAUGGCGGCCGGGCCGAGGUCGGUACUCCCGCGGUUCCGCGCCGACGUUGUGGCAGCGGCCGGCGUCGAGGCCGAACUCCUUGCAGGUGCGGUUGUCCGGGUCCUGCUCGCGUACGCGCAGCAAGAACAGCUUGGCGCGUCGGGCCUCGCUGCAGUGCAGAACUCGGCGCUCCUCCUUGGGGCACUGGCGUUUGAGACGCCACUUGUGGGCCAUCUCGAUGCAGCGACGCUCACAGAGCUGCUGCUCCGUGGGGCCAGUGCCGAUUUCCGUAAGGCCAUGGUCUCGGGCUUGUUCUCGGUGUGCGCGGUCCAGCGUGAAGUUCUUGAUGUGGUGCUCGACGUGGUGCUGGUGUCCGAGACGCUCAACGCGGUUCCGGACCAGGUUGACGCGUUUUUCGAGCUGGUAUCCGCGCUGGUUGAGGACCCGUCAUUUGUGCGCGAGCACGAGGUGGGUGUGCUGGUUGACCUUGUGCUCGCCGCGCUCUCCGAAGGUGAGCCCCACAUUGAGCAUGAGUCCGUGCUCCGCGGCUGGCUCCGGAUUGGGACUGCGCUAGCGGCAAUUCAGCCAUCGGUCGAGCUCCUCCGUGACGUGUUUGAUGGGGUGCUGUUUGGCCGGCGGGCGCGGGCGCGCGAGCCGGCCACCCGAGCUCAAGGUUUUGCGCUUCUGCACUCGCUGGUCCGCGCGGAUCCCGAGCGCGCCUUUCCGUUUGUCAACGGCGCCCUGCAGAGCGUGCUGGCCGAGGCGAGCCAGCUCCGCGGCUGGGACUACUGCGCGAGUGAUAUGCGCCGUGAACCCGGAUGCCAGGUCGGACUCGUCAAUCAGGGCGCGACGUGCUACAUCAACGCGUCGCUGCAGCAGCUGUUUGCCAUUCCGGAGCUGCGUGAGGGCGUGCUCGACGCGAGCGUCGAUCCGCAGGCAGAGGCCGCCGACCAUGUCCAGGCCCUCCGGCGGGUAUUUGCGGCACUCGCCGGCACCGAGGCGCGAUUCUAUGAUCCGAUCGGCUUUUGCCGAACCUGCCGCGACAUCACUGGUGAGGUCAUCGACCUCGGCGAGCAGCAGGAUGCCAACGAGUUCCUCAACUUGCUGUUCGACAAGCUCGAUUCGGGCCUUGUGGAUGCCAGCGGGCGGCGCGGACACCUGCUCCCGCAUCUGUUCCAAGGCGAACUGCGGCACUCUGUCGAGUGCUCGGUCUGCGCAUCGUCGUUUGAGCGGACAGAGCCGUUCUAUUCGCUCUCUGUCGAGAUCAAGGGCCAGUCGUGCCUGGCCGGCUCUCUGGGUGCCAUGGACGCGCCAGAGCAUCUGACCGGUGACAACCGAUACUUUUGCUCACGGUGCGACGGUUAUGUUGACGCCGAGAAGCGGGUGCGGGUCGGUAAGCUCCCGCACUAUGCGCUGCUUCACCUCAAGCGGAUGGAGUUUGACAUGCGAAGCAUGCGCAACGUCAAGAUCUCGUCGCGGUUCGAGUUUCCCCGCGCCGGCGACGGCCUGCUUGUCGGCUACGAGCUGACAGGCGUAGUGGUUCAUGCCGGCACCGCCGACGCCGGGCACUACUACUCGUACCUGCGCAGCGACACCGGGACUUGGUCCGAGUACAACGACACCAGCGUGCACCCGGUGGCGUGGAACGAGAUCGAGGACGAGGUCUUUGGCGGCGACGGCCGCUCAGCGUCGGCGUACAUUCUCGUCUACCGCAGCACGGCGCCGCUGGCAGCCGCCAGCUCUGCGACGGGCCCAUCCACAACCGCCGACGCCGAGAGCGUCUCGGAUAACGGCAGCUCCAACUCUGAGACCUCGACUGACUCGUAUGCGUCGAGCAGCUCCAGCUCGAGUGAGACCGAUUCUGGGUCGAGCGACAGCGAGUCUGGCGAUCUGGUGGUGGCGCGGCACGAGCCGACCGCGUCGCUGGGCAGUGCCGUCCGGGCCGUGGCCUUUGUCAACAAGCUCAAGCGAGCGCGUCGGGCAGUCGAUCCAGUCGACGAGCCUCUCAGCGACGGCGAGAGUGACACCGAAGCCCGACAGCCAGAGCAGCAGCAGCGCCGCCGCCGCCGCCGCCGCCGCCGCCGCCGGUGCUCGGUCUCCCCGGCUGGUGACGGCAGUGGGCCGCGCGAGGCACUUGAAGGCGAGGUGGCCUCGGAGAACCGUCGUCUUGCGGCGUUCCGCGCACUGUUUGAACCGGGCUUCUUUGGCUUUAUGUGGGAGCUGAGCCAUGUCGAGGUCGGCAACGAGGAUGAUGCCGCGGCGCUGGCAGGACUUGAGUGGCGAUUUGUGAGCCAAGUACUGGCGCGCGCGCGGGGUCACCCGCUCGUAGAGCUGUGGGGCGAGCAGCUGGUAGCGCAGGCUGUGUCGAGUGCCGCAGUCCGAGCUGAACUGGUAGAACGCUGGACGAGCGCGCACGGCUGGGAUGAGGUGGUGGCACUCACACUGGUGUGUCCUGCGGCCAAGGUGCGGCGGAGCAUCGGCCUGGCGGUGGCCAAUGUCUUGGGCUUGCUCAAGCACACCGAUGCAAGUUGGCGAGCUGUGGCCGGGCGGAUGGCUGCGCUUGUGCCGUCUGUGGAGGCUUACAACAAGCGGCGGUGGGGCGAGUUUGUGCACAUGGCGUGCUCGACGGCUGCGGGCAGCCGGCGGAAGCUGGAAGUUGCCGUAGGCGAGUGGGGCGUGGCCGAUGCUGUUGUGCGAGUGGUAGUCGGCUCGCGGCGGGCGGCGAUGCGGGCACCCAAUCCCGAGGGCGUGCGCGGUCUGUUGGCGAUUGCAAUGGCCGGGCGCGGAGCCGAAGGCGGCGCGCAUGAAGUGCUGACCUCUUACGCGCUGCUGGCCAAGCUUGCGCAGCAGGGCGCGCCGACCGCCGAGGUGUGCGCGCUCAUCGGCGCCGUCGCGCACGAGAGUGCCGUGGCGAGCGAGGAGCUUGUGAGCCACGCGGCGCGGCUGCUGGAUGCUGUUGGCAACACUGAAGGUGCUCUUGUGGCGGUCUCGAGCGUGCUACUGGCGAUUGCGGCGGUCGACGACGGGCUCGCCGAGUGGCGGCGCGAUGUAUGGGCGCGCGAGCUGGUGGCUGCACUGCAGCGCAACGCGCAGGCGCGGCGGAGUUGGAUUCCGCGGUUUGUGGCCGACAUCCUGGUUGCCGGCCUCGCCCGCAAGGAGGUCGGCAAGUGGGCCGAGAGUAUCAACGGAUGGAUGGGGGCGUGGGUUCUUGUCGAGAGCCGCAAGGGGUGGAAGCCGUUUGCGGUCGCGCAGUCGGUGCGCUCGCGCGCAGCUCCUCUGGCGGCGAGUGAGCGCCAAAGUGUCGUCCGCCUCUGCCCUCUCAUCGCCAAGGAGUACAACGACCACAUGGGCGGCGUCGACCUCAACCCGAAGACGCGCAAGUGGUGGCACGCCAUCCUGUACUGGAUUCUGGACGCCGCGUACGCGCUCUACGCUGACGCGAGCCCACGCCCCGCCAUGAUUCGCCUGCGUACAGCGUCCAUCUCUGCAUCGCCGACUGUUUUCUGUUGUGGCAGCCACUAA